AUGGAUUUUCGCAAGUGUGGGGGCGUUGAGACGGUUGCGAGCAUUGUUAGUGGGGGCAGCAUUGUGAAGGCUGGCAAGAAGGAUGGCACGAACAUCCUCGACCAGUUCAUGCAAUGGGUCUUGGACGGCGGGGAAGAGACCCAUGGAGGGGACGUGGAGGUGGAAGUGGGCGUGGUGCCAGCCCGCGACUCCGUGCAAGGGGCACGGUAUGAGGCCCUCGGGGUCGCGCGGUUGGCAUGUGGUGUCCCUGAGUUGAGCAAGAGCAUCUUGGAGAUAGUCCCUGGUGCCUAUGGAGGGGCCAAAAAGGCCUUGCACUUUCUGCCUGCCUGCGCGUCGGAGAGCAUGGAGCGGGUAGUGGAGGCGGCGCGAGCCGAGCUGGAAGUGCGUCGAGCAGAGCGUCGCUCAGCCGGCGCUGAGGGAGCCCCCGCGUCAGAGCGUCGCUCAACCGGGGGCAGCGGGGCUUGGGUCGCCGUGGUGAUCUGUGCCGGGUGGAACUGCAACGAGGUGGAGAAUUUGCAGGAGGCAUUUGUCGUGAAGCAGCUCUGCGAGACGCAGACGUGGAGCGAGUUCCUUUGGGCCUGCUCGGCGCACUCUAGCAAGAAGCGGGCAUGGGCCAAGACGGCGCAGGCCUUGGACUUGGCGCCGCCGAAGUUGUUCCAGACGAACCGGGAGGACCACCCACAAGCUGCAGCCAAUAAGGCACAGUUCGCCCAAGGGUUGGAAAGACAUUUUGUGGGAGACGCAGAGUGCGUCGAAGACAUCAAGAGCCUGGGCGGGUCCGCGCUCCUCGCGCGCUAUGAGAGCUUUCAGCAACCUGCCCAUAGGGCGGACCUGGGGCGGUAUAUUCGCUUGUGGAAAGAGGGUGGAAGUUACUUGGACAUCAAGAUGGCGUUGCUGCAGCCGUGGAGCACAACCCUGCAAGAGAUUUAUGCGGAGGGAGAGAGAUGCUUGGAGGGACAGCGCGUCGCGCAGUCCUCGGGCCAGCGCGUCGCGCCGCCCACGGAGGUGCGAGAUUUGUCACAAGUCCCGCACCUCCUCCUCAGCAUCGGACAAAACCGCAAACAUAUCUUCCAGGUUAACAUUUGGCACGCGUCCGCGAAGCAUCCGCUCUUAGCCAGAGCGGUGGGACAUGCGUUGGGCACGUCGCAGAGUCACCUGAAGCGAUACCUGUUGUUCUGCGAGUUUUUGUGGGCAGAGCUGCGGCGCGACCUCGGCAAGGACCCAGUGCAAGGGUGGAAUUUCUGCCCCACCCUUGGCCCCAUCUACCUUUUCCAGGAGCAGAUGGAUGGGCAGGGGAAAGCCGAGCGCGACCGACGUGGGCGCACAUGCUUGGGGGAGGAAUUUCCCGUGGAUGGUCACUUCAUGUUCACCACUGGUGGCACGAGGUAUGCCGCCACCCGGGCGUGGGGCUGGAAGAAAGGUUUCCUACCGGUCGCUCUGGGAGCCAUCGCGACACAGCGGGCAGAAGCGCAGAGCGUAGCUCAGCCGGAGCCACAGCCUGGCACUCCUGCCCCCGAAGCGCCGAGUGCGCCGCCCCCCGGAAGCGCCGAGCAGCAGCGCUGCGCAGCAGCGCGUCGCGCAGUUGCAGGAGACACCGAGCGCGGCGACCCAACCGGCGGCAAACCAGGUGGAGGUGCCGCCACUGGAGACGACUAUCACUCCGGAAGGCUUGGAGCGGAUAAUGGCAGUGGCAACAGGGCAAAGUUGGUACGAGGGCCUGACUCGGGCAGAGGUGGAGAUCUUCACGGUGCAAGGUCUGAGAGAAGCGACCCGGCGGGAGGGCUAUCUCUCGUGCUUGUUCUGCAAAAGCAGAAAGAGGCAACAACUUUUUUCCAGGGCACCAACGAAGUCCGAAACCACUUCGAGGGUAACCACGAGAGGCCAGAGGCAACAGAAGCGGUCUCGUCGGCGGUGGCCCAGGAGAUCGGCCAGGCUAUGGCUGUGGUGGAGCAGACGAUGGACAAGGUGGGCGUCUGGGCAGAGCAGGAUGUGCGAGAUCGCGUGGUUGCAGCGGCAGCGGUGCUCCCCGCGGCACCCCCCGAGCCAACGCUGUUGGACGCAGCUUUGUGCGCCACCGGCGAAAUCGCUGACUUCUUCCGCCGGCUGACGGGCAUCUUGGGACCGUCCAUCGCGGGCAACCGGCCAAUGUUGGCGACGGCGCUGAAGGACGCCUAUGCGCUGCCCAGCGUGCUGCAGAACGUCGUUCGGCAGCGUUCGGCGCAGGGCGCCACGUGGAACGACCUCACACGGUCGGAGAACGUGGAGUGGGCCGUGCCGUACGCGCUGGCUAUGUGCAAAGGAGGUUCCUAUGAGUACGUGGACAGGGCGAGCUUGUACAGCACCAUUUUGGUGCGCUUGGUGGUGGACGCGGUCGAGGAGACCGCCAACAGCUUGGACGCCGCAGGGCGGCAGGCCGUGCUUGAGUGCGUCUGCGUGCACUUCAAUGAGGCCGCCAGGCAGCAGGGUCAGCCGUCGAGGCUUCUAAUCGCACUGGGUGGCGCCCGAGCCCUGAAGUUCGACUUGGAUCCCACCAACAUCGAGCGCCAGUACGGAGGAGCGAAGAAAAGAGUGACCAAGCGGCAGGCCGAAUCCGGCGUGGCAGUCGGUCGCUCCAACCGAGUGUUGCAGAGGUUGGAGUGA